AUGCUGGAGGUGAGGUCUGUCGGGUCUGGCCCACCGGGGGCUGUACGAGGUGUAGUCUGCGUGGGGCUGCUGCUGCCCAUGCCGUGUGGUAGUUUCAGCAGCCUCUUGGAGGCAGGAGCCGGUGUGAAUGCACCUGCAGAUGCCUUUGGUCAGUCUCCAGCUCACCUGGCGGCUUGUGGCGGUGAAGCUUUUUUCCUACUUUGGCAACUGCAGACAGGCGCAAAUUUGAACCAACAGGAUUGCCUUGGAGAAGCCCCGAUUCAUAAAGCAGCAAAAGCUGGGAGUUUGGAAUGUCUUGCUCUCCUUGUUGCUGGUGAUGCCAAAAUUGACUUGUGCAAUCACAGUGGACAAACAGCAGCAGACCUGGCCCUGGCUUACGGCUUUCUGGAAUGUGCCAAGUUCCUCACAAUGAUUCAGCACAUGAAGACAAUGAAGCCAAGAGGAGAGUCUGGCGGCUCCCAAAGUGACAGAUGUGCCUUGCUGAGAGGGGACCCAGCUGCACAGGAACAAGCAACUGAAAGCAGCAGAUCCAUAAGCAGGAAGAGGAGAAGACCAGAUGGUGUGUAA